CUGCUUCAAAUUUUAAAUUGCAGGUCAAGGCUAAGACCAUCACCGAAAUCCACACUGAAGCGGAGAAAAACCUAGGGUUACGGCCUGGCGCGACUGCGAACAUGAGAGCUGCUCGCAGUGCAAGUGCUUUAGGCGGGCCACUCUCUCCCACAGGGCCUUUUCCUAUGAACCGACCUGGAACGGGAGGUAUGAUGCCCGGAAUGCCCCGUACAAGAAGGAUGCCCGGAAUGCCGGGCUUAGACACUGAUAACUGGGAAGUCCCGCGCUCCAAGUCAAUGACAAAAGGAAAUAAUGCAUCAGUUUUCCAGAAUCCCUCAUUAAAUAAGCUCCUUCCCAAAGGCAGUGGGGGUUCAACAAGUGGCAAGACCAGCGCAUUGCUUUCAGGCGCUCUCAACUUGCCACCGCAAAAUACUGUGCCAUUGAAAUCUCUUAAUACAGUAUCUACAGUGACCCCGCCCAGUGAAAAGCCACUAGGUGCUCCAAAACAAGACCCUGAUGAGCUACACAAGAAGACUGUUGCACUUCUCGAGGAGUAUUUCCACAUUCGAAUUCUCGAAGAAGCGUUGCAAUGCGUGGAAGAGCUGAACAGCCCAGAACACCACCCUGAGGUAGUUAAAGAAGCUAUCAAUCUCGCUCUCGACAAGGGCUCGGCCUGCAUCGAUCCUCUCGUCGGGCUUCUGCAGUUUCUUUUCGCUAAAAACGUGCUCGAGCUGAGAGACUUGGGCACCGGGUGCUUGCUCUACGGGUCGAUGCUGGAUGAUAUCAGUAUUGACUUACCGAAAGCACCAGUUUACUUUGGGGAGGUCAUGGGGAAGUUGAUUCUAGCGGAUGGCUUGAGCUUCAAGGUAGUGGAAGAGAUUCUGAAGAAAGUGGAGGAUGAAAGAUUCAGAGAAGCAAUUUUUGAUGCCGUUGUGAAAAGUAUCGAAGCAAACCCAUCAGGUCUGGUCAUAAUGAGCUCGCAGUCGACUGAGCUCGAGGCUUGCAAGAACCUUCUUGCUUUUUGAGUAUAUAUCAGGAGGAAGCAAUACAUCAGCUUGACUCGCUCUCGGCACGAGGAAAAUCAAGCCCAAACUCGAAAGCCUCAACAAGUUUC